UUCUUAAUUUAAAUCUUUAUUUCCGAUGUCCCGUAUCGCUGCUCAUACAUAUAUCACCACGGUGUGCAUAAAGAGGUGCAGGUGCUUGUGGAUUAGUUCUGUCGGGCAGGAUUAUCUUAAAUGGAUUAACUUAAAAGUGGAUUAUCUCAAUCAUCGGAAGUGUUGCUCGAAUAUUGUCUUGAUGUAGAACACGCAUCGCCGGUGUCCAUCAGCGCUACCACAAAAAUCAAUUUAAUUCAUCUUCACCUAGAAGAGAAAAUUUCAAGAUCUGCGAGAGAAACUAAAAUCAAAAGGAUUUUACAACCAUUCCAAUCCCAAACAACCCAGUCUGGAUCUGGAUCCGAAUUGAGGCGGACAUUCACGAGUGAAAUUCCCCGGAAUAACACGUGACAUGUCUCCUCGUUUUAUUCACUGCAGGCUAAUCAACCGUCACAUAUAUAUCUAGAUCCGCCCCUGAUAUCUAUAUAGGCCGUCGAACAGAUAACACUGAGACUCCCUGCAAUUUCCUGCUAUAGGAAAUUCCAUCGAGAUAUUAUUAGAUUAAGAAUUACGUAGUACCGCAGUGGGGGAACUCACCGGAAAGAGUGCUCCAAGAUCGAACUGCAAAUAAAAAGGUGACACAGCUGAACGAUCAUUUAGAGCUUUACACGUGAUGCACGUGUUGAGAGAAUAGCAUUGACUUGAGAGGUUGAAAUCGUAUAACAAUUCAUUUUCAGCAAAGGGAUUCGAUUUGUUUUUAAUUAGUGAUUUCUUAAAAAAAAAUCUUGCAGUGAAUAAAUUUCGAGGAUCAAGUACAGGAAUGAAAUGUGACGUAUCCGCUAUGGGUUAUGAUUAAGUGAUGGUACCAAGAAAUAGCUUCACACCAUUUGUGCAUUUGUACUCUUAGUAAUUAUAAAGGAUAUUUGUAGCCCCGCCUUUUACAAGACCUCUAUUUCUGAUUUUCUUGAAGAGAAAUGUUUCUUACGAGAGUUUGUUGUGUUCGAGAAAAUAGAAAAAACCACACAGACUAAGUUGUGUUUUAUCAGAGUGAGAAAGCUGCAAAACGAGCCGACAUAGCGGUGUUGAGGAUGCAGAUAAAACAUUUACAGAGAAAAUCUUGAAUUCAGAUAAUAUCUGGUGCAUUCCUAGCAGUGAAUUAAGAGAUCGCAUUUGUAUAUAUUUCAUAACAUCAGGACUGACAUGAAAUAAUGAUUGGAAAUUUAGAUAGACGCUGACAAAUACCGAGCAUAACCCGGACAAGUUUAUCGAAUAUCGACAAACUCUAAAACGUAACCUUCUGUUCAACAUAGUGGAGUACACCAAGCAGAUAUUGAUAUGCUGGAUAUUCGGUAGGAGGUUCGGCAUUGAGGUGGUAAAUCGUAAUAGCUGUAGAUACGAUAUUAAGGAUGUUCGAUAUUGAGGUAAUAAAUCGGUAUAGCGGGAUAUACAGUAUUAAGGAGUUUCGACAUUGAGUUGGUAAAUCGUUAUAGCGGGAAAUAAAGUAUUAAGGAGGUUCGAUAUUGUGAUGAUAAAUCGUUAUAGCUGGAGAUAAAGUAUUAAGGAGGUUCGAUAUUGGGGUGUAAAUCGUUAAUGCUGGAUAUUAAGGAGGUUCGAUAUUGUGGUGAUAAAUCGCUAUAGCUGGAGAUACAGUAUUAAAGGAGGUUCGAUAUUGGGGUGUAAAUCGUUAUUGCUGGAUAUUAAGGAGGUUCGAUAUUGUGGUGGUGAAUCGUUAAGGUGGCAGUAAUUCAGUGAUAUAGCAGAAACUGAAAAUGUCAUUGAACGUUACAGAAGUUUGGACAAAUUCGUCGCCUGGAUUCAAUGUCCACGUGUUUUGUGAUUCAGCCGUGCACGACCAUUUUCCGUCUCCAUUCACAGUGUUUAUCAUCGUCUGGCUCUCUCUCAUUCUAGUGGCGGAUCUCGUGGGAAACACACUGGUCAUCCUGGUUAUCUUAAAAAAUCCGAGCAUGCGCGAUGCUACGCAGACGACGAACUUCUUCCUGUUGAACCUGGCCAUCGCUGACCUUCUCGUGUGUCUUGUUAUCCCGUUCUCAAUUCAUUCGCUUUACAAAGAGUGUUGGGAUAUGCCGCUAUUGUUGUGUAAAAUUAAUUCGUUCCUGGUGACACUUUCGCUUCUGACGUCGAUACACACUCUCAUGUACAUCAGUAUACAUAAAUUCAUCAGCGUGCGACGGGUAGCAGUAAACAAUGACUUCAAUGACCCCGUCACACGACGCACGUGCUUCACCAUGAUCGGACUAGCGUGGGUGUAUGCCAUCGUCUUCAGUGUCGUCACCGUGAUUUCUGAUCCCAUCUUUAAGGAGAAAACUCUUCAAUGUGGACCCAAAUACCCCAUACCGGGAGAAAUGAGCUUUUAUUUACACAUUGCAAACCAAAUAGGAAACCUGUUCGUCCCAAUCGCGAUCCUGAUGUUUUGUUAUAUACGGAUAUUUGUGUAUAUCAGACACCAUGCCCAGGUUCAACGCAGGAUGUCCUUGAGUGACAGCAAUACAAAUCAAGGCGAGAGGGGCGUGACCUUGACCUUGUUUAUCGUCCUUGCCUGUUUUUUGUUAUGUUGGUUACCUUAUAUGGUGUAUACUAACUACGCAGCCUUUGUGUUGGAUAAACAGAACGACAUCCCAUUUUAUCUGAAUCCUCUGGCGUACUGCUUCGGCUAUAUGAACAGCGCCUGUAAUCCUUUGAUCUAUGCAUGGAGAAUCCCAAGAUUCCGACAAGGAUACACGGACAUCAUUAAGAAAACAAGAUACAUAGUAACGAUAGUGGAUGGAGGCCGCAGAGUGAAGCGUCCGGUCUCUCUCAGUGUGAUUGAAACCGAGGCUGGUCGGCGGAUGUCCAAUGCACGAACCUCCAUUAGCGACAUUGCGAUGCCAUCCAGCGGUCGGCCGUCUCUGACCGAAUGUGACACCCGCAGUCCUAGGACACCAGAAGACAGCGGCGAGAAGCUGACGAUGUUAUCCGUGAAUGGUCAAAGGUCAGAGGUAAAGAAGCCAAGGCCACAGACCGAGAGAUUGACCUCGAUAGAAGAGAAACAAGGGGAGGGCGCAGCUAGAUUAUAAUUAGGGACCAAAGAAAGCGAAAACCAAUGACGUCAUGUAGAAGAAUGACGUCAGAAUGAAACAUUGGUAAACUGCUAGAACUGGAAAGCGAGGGAAAUAUAGAGAGGAUGCAGGCAAACUAAAGUUUGAUAAGAUUGAAGCUCAAAGCUUUACGAGAUGUUUGUGAGGGACUUAGUGAACACGAGGUUGUGUAGCUUGUGGUAUAACCGUAAUCAUUUGUAACUAGUAGUUAUAUAACCCUUUCUUGUCAGACACUGUGUCAUUGUAUCAUGACCAGAAGUAACUUAUAUACACGAAUGUUUAUAGUGACCACUACAGAAUAUUCACAAUGACCACUACAAAAUAUUACAAUGACCACUACAAAAUAUUCACAAUGACCACUAUAAAAUAUUCACAAUGACCACUACAAAAUAUUCACAAUGACCACUAUAAAAUAUUCACAAUGACCACUACAAAAUAUUACAAUGACCACUACAAAAUAUUUACAAUGACCACUACAAAAUAUUCACAUUGACCACUACAAAAUAUUCACAAUGACCACUAUAAAAUAUUCACAUUGACCACUACAAAAUAUUCACAAUGACCACUACAAAAUAUUCACAAUGACCACUAUAAAAUAUUCACAAUGACCACUACAAAAUAUUUACAAUGACCACUACAAAAUAUUCACAAUGACCACUACAAAAUAUUACAAUGACCACUACAAAAUAUUUACAAUGACCACUACAAAAUAUUCACAAUGGCCACUACAGAAUAUUCACAAUGACCACUAUAAAAUAUUCACAAUGACCACUACAAAAUAUUCACAAUGACCACUAUAAAAUAUUCACAAUGACCACUACAAAAUAUUCACAAUGACCACUAUAAAAUAUUACAAUGACCACUACAAAAUAUUUACAAUGACCACUAUAAGAUAUUCACAUUGACCACUAUAACAUAUUCAAAGUGACCAGUACAGAAUAUUCACAUUGACCACUAUAACAUAUUCAAAGUGACCAGUACAGAAUAUUUACAGUGACCACUAUAGGAUAUUCAUAGUGACCACUAAAAUAUAUCUACAGUGACCACUAUAAGAUAUUUACAGUUACCAAUAUCACAAAUUAACAAUGACCACUACAAAAUAUCUACAGUUAUCAGUAUAACAUAUUGACAGUGACCACUAUAACAUAUUGACAGUGACCACUAUAAAAUAUUUACAAUGACCACUAUACAUAGGCGUAGCUUGGGUUCGAAUAUUACCGAGGCAGGGGGUCUGCAUCAAAAUUCAAACCCAGAAGCUAUCGACAUUUUAACAACGUAAAAGGUGGGUUUUUUUUACCGAGGCAGCUGCCUCGGUUGCCUGAAUGGAAGCUACGCCACUGCUAUAUAAUGUUUGUAGAAAUACCACUAUUAAAAGUAAAAUGUUUAUCUCCAUGUAGAGUAGAUAGAUAUACGAUAUAUCACAGGUACAUACGGAAAUAAUAGAUAUGAUAUAAUAUUAUAUCAUAUAUAUCUCACUGGUAAAUACGCUUAUGGCCACACCAAUUUGUAAAAUAGUUCUUCGGAUUUUCAAACAAAAAAAGUGAGGCGAGAGGGCGAAUUAUUUUACAAAUAUCACUUUUAAUUUUGGAGAUAAAAAUUAUGAGGCGAGCGAAUACAAGAAAUAUAAAUAUUUUUAAUUGAAUUAAGUGUGAUUUUAAAAAGCGGGCGCCUAAAAAUAAAGAUCUAAAAUCAUCAGAUAUCAUUUGUUUACCACAUAAACUUAAUAUUUUUCAACUUUGUUGAUAUAGUUUACAAUAAAUAAGAAGUAUUUCAGGUUUCAAAGACUUAAUUUCUUUAUACCUAAUACAUGUACUUUGCAACAUUAACUGAUAAGGUCUUUUUGAAGCAUUUUAUUUAAGUUUCAUUUCUACAAACUUUCGAUUCAGAGAUAUGCAUAUUGCUAGGGACACAUCAAGUUUUGACAUUCAUUGCAAAUGCAAUAUCCAUUGCAUCGCUUUGAGCAUUUUCUUGAAUUUUGAUAUGACAUCACCAAACCUUUUGUGAAAUUGUCGUUAACUGUCGGUCCGGUUUAAAAUAGUCAUCGAUCAGUACCCCUUGCUUGUUGUAAGAGGCGAAUAAAUGGGGCGGUUCUUCAGAUAGGACUGCAAAAAACUGAGAUCCUUGUCACAGCAGGUGGCACGAUAAAGAUCCCUCAGUGCCAUAAGCGCUGAGCAUAGGCCUAAAUUUUGCAGCCCUUCACCGGCAAUGGUAACGUCUUCAUGUGAGUGAAAUAUUCUCAAGAGAGACUUCAGUCAAUAUAUAGGCUAAUCAAACAAUCAAGCAUAUGCUAUCAAUGUUCUCUAAAUAGUGGCAUCGAAUAGCGCUUCAAAAGUUUCAUCGGCUUCCAGUUCGAUUCCAGUAUGACGAACAACUUCCAAUCCAGUGUUAUGAAGUAUCGUACAUAUUAAGAUAGACAACAUGAAUAACUUAACCGUAUUACACUGUUAGGAAAUUUCUCGAGAGCCCGCGCUUCUCUCAUUUGUCAGCAUAUACAUCAAAGUUAUUUGUGCGCUUGUUGUAAAAACUAAAAAAAAAUAUUUACGGAUAUUUUUGAACACGCGGGCGGAUAUUAUUUUUUGAUAAUAUUAUAAUUUGGAUUUGUUACAAAUAGAAGCGGCGAAUCCGACGAACUAGAUUACAAAUUGGCAUGGCCUAUGGUAUAUUUUUUGUUGUUGAGACGAGGUUGUAACUAAUCUGAACUGUACUAUGAGAUUUGUCAGCUGAUAAUAUUAAAAUUAUAUUACCUGUG